AUGAAAUCAAUCUUCAUCACCCAAGAUAUUUGGGAAAUUAUUGAAGAUGGCUACGAGAAACCCAAAGAUGCCAAUGAAGAGGCUUCUUGGGAUGCCUCAAAGAGAGGCCAAUAUAAACAAAACAUAAGAAGGGAUCAUUAUGCCCUUUCCAUAAUUUAUCGUGGGAUAGAUGAAACAAUACUUCCUACAAUCAUAGCCGCUACAACGGCAAAGGAGGCCUUACAAAUGACAGAUAAUGAAUCAAUUCAAUCCUAUGUUGAUCGAGUCUCAAGUAUUGUUAAUCAAAUUCGAUCUAAUGGAGACACAAUUGAAGAUGUUAAAAUAAUCCGAAAAAUACUACGAACUCUUACAAAAAAAUUCGAUCACAUAGUGGCUGCUAUAGAAGAGUCUAAUAAAGAUUUAAGAUUGCUCAAUAUGACUGAGCUAAUGGGCUCUCUAUUGGCUCAUGAAGAAAGAAUGCGUAGAUUUGAUGAGCAGUCGAAAAAUGGCCAUAACACAAGAGACUGUCGGUACAAAUGUAAAAGAUGUACACGACAUUCUCAUUUUGAAAAAGAUUGUUAUUUCCGGCAAAAAGAAGAGGCCAAAUUUGUAGAAAAUAAUAACUCUAAUGAUCAAUUAUUUUAUACUUGUUUAAAUGCUCAAGAAGAGCAAAAUGACACAUGGUACAUUGAUAGUGGUUGUUCCAACCACAUGACUGGAAAUAAAAAUUUCUUUAUCACUCUUGAUGAAAAUAUAAAAUCACAAAUAACUCUUGGUGAUGGGAGUAAUCAGGAAGUUUUCGGAAAGGGAACAAUUGUUGUUAAAACAAAAAAUGGCUCCUCUAAAUUCAUCCCCGACGUCUUUUAUGUCCCUGGACUAGCACAAAAUUUGUUAAGUGUGGGUCAGUUAGUCCAAAAAGGCUAUAUGUUUAAAACUGUUAAAAAAUAG